AUGGCCAGCUUCUUCGACCUCAAGGCGCGCAAGGCCGCCGCCGCCGCCAAUGGCCCGUCAGACCAGAAGAACCAGCGUCACGCCGAAGUGAGGAAUCAGCCAUGGGUAGAGAAAUACCGUCCGAAGACGCUCAACGAUGUGGCCGCGCAAGAUCACACCGUCACAGUACUCCAACGCACCCUCCAGGCCUCCAACCUGCCACACAUGCUCUUCUACGGCCCACCCGGCACGGGCAAGACGUCCACGAUCCUGGCCUUGGCCAAGGAGCUAUACGGCCCCGAGAUGAUCAAGGCCCGCGUCCUGGAGCUGAACGCCUCCGAUGAGCGCGGCAUCUCCAUCGUCCGAGAAAAGGUCAAGGACUUUGCGCGCAUGCAACUGACGAAUCCGCCGCCACACUACAAAGACAAGUAUCCCGUCCCACCCUUCAAGAUCAUUAUCCUCGACGAGGCCGAUUCCAUGACCCAAGACGCCCAGAGCGCCCUGCGCCGGACCAUGGAGACAUACAGCAAGAUCACACGCUUCUGCUUGAUCUGUAAUUAUGUGACCCGAAUUAUCGACCCGCUUGCCAGCCGAUGCAGCAAGUUCCGCUUCAAGAGUCUUGAUCAGGGCAAUGCAAAGAAGAGGCUCGAGGAGAUUGCACAGAAAGAGGGCGUUUUGUUGGAGGAUGGGGCGAUAGAUGCCCUCAUUCGCUGCAGUGACGGCGACUUGCGAAAGGCAAUCACCUUCCUACAGAGCGCCGCUCGACUGGUCGGGGCGAUUGCUCCUACGAAAGACGCCGCCGAUGCCGAGGAGAUGGACGUCGACAAGCGCCCGGUGACGGUCAAGAUCAUUGAGGACAUUGCCGGCGUCAUCCCCGACAGCACAGUCAAUCAGCUUGUCGCUGCCAUGCGCCCAAGAGCCUCGGGAGACGCCUAUGAUGCGGUCUCCAGAGUCGUUGAGGACAUGGUUGCCGACGGAUGGAGCGCGACCCAGGUCGUGUCUCAGCUUUACCAGGCCCUGACCACCGAUGAGACUAUCCCGGAUCUUCAGAAGAACAGGAUAGUAAUGAUCUUCUCAGAGGUUGACAAGAGGUUGGUUGAUGGCGCGGACGAGCACCUCUCAAUCCUGGACCUGGCAAUGAGGAUAUCGGCGGUCAUGGCUGGAAAGUAA